GUCUACGAUGCGACCGGCUCCUUCCUCGCCUCUCUCCUGCACGUCAACUCCUCCUGCGCCUCUCGCCCCGCCUCCUCCCGCCCCUCCCUCACCUGGACCCGCCCCUCCACGCCCACCCCCUCCUCCCUCAUUCCCCACACCACCUCGACCUCGUCAGACUCCCCUUCCUCUCACACCCCUCACAACCCCCACAGCCCUCAGCCUUCCAGUCUCCCAGACGCAGAGGCAGCACCAGUGGGGGCGGCAGUAGGGGCAGCAUUGGCAGCUGUGCAGUCCCCCCCUUGGGCCUGUGACGGGGCGCACGAGGCCGGGCAGCAAGCGGCGGGACUUCCGGCUCAUCGUGAAGCAAGGGCUCGCCGGGUGGUGAGUGCGGUGCAGGGAAGGGAAUGUGGUUGGGUGGUGAGUGCAGGGAGGGGAGGUGGUAGGGUGGUGAGUGCAGGGAGGGGAGGUGGUAGGGUGGUGAGUGCAGGGAGGGGAGGUGGUAGGGUGGUGAGUGCAGGGAGGGGAGGUGGUAGGGUGGUGAGUGCAGGGGCUCACUGGGUGGUGAGUGCAGGGCCCUCAGUGUUGUGA